AUGUGUCGAACGAGUGGAAAAGAGUUAGCCAACCCCAAGCGUGCCACAUUUUCGUUAGAAAAAUCUACGGCCCAUUUAAAAAUAUCACCUUUAAAAUUAGAAGACGAAGGAAGCUACAAGUGUGACGUGACAUACGUUCGAGGAAAAUGUCCAUCAUUGUCUUAUGCCCAUCUAUUGAUGCACGGUUUCUUUGUAUAUUUUUGAACAGGUCAAGAAGCUACGGUUACAGGAACCGUGGGUGAAUCCGUGGAGCUUCCAUGCGACGUAGAUGUAGAAUCUUGCGGUGAAGUAUAUUUUAUCACAUGGACGAAAAAUGUGUCGAACGAGUGGAAAAGGUUAUAUUUGUACAGUGAUACGGUUGAGAAACCAUUGCAAGAGUUAGCCAACCCCAAGCGUGCCACAUUUUCGUUAGAAAAAUCUACGGCCCAUUUAAAAAUAUCACCUUUAAAAUUAGAAGACGAAGGAAGCUACAAGUGUGACGUGACAUACGUUCGAGGAAAAUGUCCAUCAUUGUCUUAUGCCCAUCUAUUGAUGCACGCAAGACCCAACUUACCAACCAUACUCUAUGGUGGAAGGGAAUACAGAAAUGGUUCUAGUGUGGGACCAUUUAUCGAAGGGACCAUUGUUACGUUUCACUGUACAACAAUCGGUGGGAAACCGAUACCCGAAGUGUCAUGGUGGAAAAAAGAAGAGAAUUUACCUGAAGAAAGUACUUUGUCAGAGAAUGAAAUGGGUAUAAACAAUGUUACGUCGAGAGUCAAGUUCCAGCUGAUGAGAGAAGAUUUAGGUGCAGUGCUUGAAUGCAGAGUUGAAAAUGACGCUACUGAAACUCCAUUAGUUGCGUGGAUUCGACUAGAUCUUGAUGGUAAGGUAAAUUGGACAGAUUGAUGUCACGCAAAGAGAGGUUUUUUUUUUCUUUGAACCAUUAGUAAACAUAAGAUAAAUGAUGAUCAAUUAUGUGUCAUUUCAGCAUGUAUUAGAACACAAUGCUACUACUAGCAACUAUUUUAAAUCGCCUUUUGCUGUCCGUGUCAAACUUAAUGAUAAAUGGAAGAGAUUAAAAAAGAAGAGGUUUACCUUUCUUAAAUAUACAGGGGAUUAGAAAAUUUAUAGUUUACCCUGAAAGUAGAUUCGGGGGAGGUGAACCUUCUGUCGCUAUUCUAAGAAAAUGAUUGUUCUAAGAGUAGUUACCAACUAGCUGUUAAGUGUGUACAAUACAAGAGACGCCUAAGUUGAUUAAAUUUUCUUUGAAUAACUUUAAAGUACUCUGGUAACGUUUUACAGUUUUCUACGAAAAUAAGAAAUUAAAAAGAU